AUGACGACUUCGCUUCUUCUUCUUCUCGGAGUUUUCCAACUCGUCGUCGUCGCGGAAGGUCGAGAGAAAAAAGGCGCGUUGUUAUCGAAUUUUCAAGGUUUAGCGAAAUGUCGAUACGACCAACGCGUGGCGUUUCCGAGAACUGAAGAGGAGUUGAAACGAAUUCUUUUGAGACGGGAUGUCAAAGUAAUCCGCGCGGUGAGCUCGGACGCGCACUCGUGGAACGAGAAGUUUUGGUGCGCGAGAACCACCGACGAGGAAGAGGAAGAGGAAAGGAACGUGAAUAUUUUUAUGAACGAGGUGAGAGUGGUCGAGGAGGAACAAAGUCGCGCGCGCGUGUUCGAUAAGAGAGAAUUGAAGGCAAAAGUUACGGUGGAUGCGGGAGAGAAAAUGAGAACGAUGCUUGAAUAUGUCGCGGAGGAAGGGUACGCGUUGAAAUCUGUGCCUUGGUUUAUAGAUCAAACCGUUGGAGGCGCGCUCGCGACGUGUUCGCACGGGUCGUCGUUAGCUUUUGGUUCGUUGUCGUCGCAACUCGUGAGUCUGCGAACGAUGCUCCAUAACGGAACCGUGGAAACGAUUUCGGAAAGGACGCACGGGAGAGAUGUUAUGGACGCGUUUCGGUGUCACGUGAAUCAACUCGGCAUUACGUUAGCGGCUACGUUCGAAAUUUUCAAGCAAGACGAGGUUCACAGAAUGAACCGAUUCGUGAGCGAAGACCACAUGCUCCAAGAAAUUGAAAUGAUCAGCGCCGCGGUGAGGAGGUGCGUUGACAACGGGAUGGAUUGGUGGCAUUCAUGUGCCAUGCGGCGCUCUGCCGUUCGCAAUAUGGAUGACUUAUCUUAUUAUUACUACGUUCCGACGAGAGACGCGCAACGCGUGAAGAUUCGCAGAGUAAUCACUGACUUUUCGAAAAGAACAAGUGGUGAUGAUGAUGAUGAUGAUGAUGAUGAUGAUGAUGCGAACGAGGAUGAUUUCUUAUUCUCGUCGUCGUCCUCACCUGCGCGAGUGCUAGAUGAGUAUUAUUUCAAAGCGUCGUCGGUAGACGCAGCAAGCGCGUCAGCCCAGAGCGUUUUAAAUCCGAGUUCCAUUCGGAAUCGUUUGAUGCAAAACGACGAUCUCGUCUCGGUGUGGACCAACUUAUGGCAAGACGCUCUCGAACCCUCCUUACAAAGUAUCGUCGCUUCAAACGCAAGCGCAUAUCUCGCGAUGACAGAAGAACAACUCGAUCGAAACGACAAUUAUCCGUUCGAUCAAGCAGAGCUCGCCGUGCCUCUGGCCAACGCGGGCGAGUGUUUACGCGGUUUCUUAGAUAGCAUAAGUGAACAAAGGCAAAAAUAUUGGAGAAGUCCAAUAUUAAUACGAUUCUUAAACGCGGAAAGCGCGUUAUUGUCCCCGGCGCAUGCGCGACCGAGCAUGUACGUAAACAUUGAAAACUACAAGAGAAGCGAAGAAGGAAAAGCCGCGUUCCGCGACGCGAUUCGUUAUUUAGCGUCGAAAGAGAAGUGCGAUGGAAGGUUGCACUUUGGCAAGUUCGGCUGGGAGGACGUUGAGACGUACUCUCUGUACGAAAAAUACGGGAAUGCGUAUUGUAAAUUUCUUUGCGUAAAAGACAGAUACGAUCCAUCGAGGCGAUUCGAGACGCGAGAGAUGAGUCGUAUUUUCGAAAGGGAUCUCGAUAAAUGCCUUCCACGUGCGUGCGAUUAG